AUGUCUCCCUUCCCCGCUCUCUCCCAUCGCUGCCAUCUCUCCCAUCCCUACUCUCUCCCCUGCUGCCAUUUCUGGUUUCCCUACUCUCUCCCCUGCUGCCAAUGUCUGGUUUAUAUUCUCUCUCUCCUGCUGCCAUGUCUCCCCUCACUGCUCUCUCCCUAUGUGCCAUAUCUCUCUUCCAUGCUCCAUCCCCUGCUGCCAUGUCUCCCUUCCCUGCUCUCUCCCAUCGCUGCCAUCUCUCCCAUCCCUACUCUCUCCCCUGCUGCCAAGUGCGGUUUCCAUACUCUCUCCCCUGGUGCCAAGUGCGGUUUCCAUACUCUCUCCCCUGCUGCCAUGUCUCCCUCUCUUGCUCUCUACCUCGCUGCCGUCUCUCCCUUCCAUGCUCACUCCCCUGCUGCCAUGUCUCCCAUCCCUGCCAUCUAUCCCUUCAAUGCUCUCUCCCCUGCUGCCAUGUCUGGUUUCCCUACUCUCUCCCCUGCUGCCAUGUCUGGUUUCCCUACUCUCUCCCCUGCUGCCAUGUCUGGUUUCCCUACUCUCUCCCCUGCUGCGAUGUCUCCCCCCCAACGCAAGACACUAAUGCCAUGUCUGGUUUACAUUCUCUCUCUCCUGCUGCCAUGUCUCCCCUCACUGUUCUCUCCCUAUGUGCCAUAUCUCCCCUCCAUGCUCCAUACCCUGCUGCCAUGUCUCCCUUCCCUGCUCUCUCCCAUCGCUGCCAUCUCUCCCAUCCCUACUCUCUCCCCUGCUGCCAUGUGCGGUUUCCAUACUCUCUCCCCUGCUGCCAUGUCUCCCUCUCUUGCUCUCUCCCUCGCUGCCGUCUCUCCCUUCCAUGCUCACUUCCCUGCUGCCAUGUCUCCCAUCCCUGCCAUCUAUCCCUUCAAUGCUCUCUCCCCUGCUGCCAUGUCUGGUUUCCCUACUCUCUCCCCUGCUGCCAUGUCUGGUUUCCCUACUCUCUCCCCUGCUGCCAUGUCUGGUUUCCCUACUCUCUCCCCUGCUGCGAUGUCUCCCCUCCAACGCAAGACACUAAUGCCAUGUCUGGUUUACAUUCUCUCUCUCUUGCUGCCAUGUCUCCCCUCACUGUUCUCUCCCUAUGUGCCAUAUCUCCCCUCCAUGCUCCAUACCCUGCUGCCAUGUCUCCCUUCCCUGCUCUCUCCCAUCGCUGCCAUCUCUCCCAUCCCUACUCUCUCCCCUGCUGCCAUGUGCGGUUUCCAUACUCUCUCCCCUGCUGCCAUGUCUCCCUCUCUUGCUCUCUCCCUCGCUGCCGUCUCUCCCUUCCAUGCUCACUCCCCUGCUGCCAUGUCUCCCAUCCGUACUUUCUCCCCUUCUGCUAUGGCUCCCUUCCAUACUCACUCCCUUCCAUGCUCACUCCCCUCACACUGCCGCCGACACCCCUCCACAUAUCCCUCCAGGUGUGGAUCAUGGAAGAAUGUUGCAAUCCACCACUGUCGCACGAGCAACCACCAGUACCUUGCAGCCAUAACUCCUCACGGCCUUUCCCCUUCCCCCCUCCGCUGUAUCUCUGUCUUGCCAACUGGUGUCAAUCAGGGGUUUCCCUGCACGGGCUGCAACCAGCCAUAUCUCCCUUGA